AUGAGCCUUGAACGGCAGAAAGACCUUUACGACCGAAUCAUCAUUCCAGCAGCCUGCGAAACAAUUCCGGGUCCGGCCUUGCAGGAGAUGCCUCAAAGAUAUGAAAUCGCAUAUGCCAAAUCUCGUUCAUUCCAGGAGAAACCAGGCAAUAAGCGAUGGAGAGCAGAGGAUGAGAGUCGAUCUUUACACCUCCAAUAUGCGAUUCCAACCCAAUAUCUGAUGCCUUUCUGGCGGUCCAUUCUCAAGCACGCCGACUCGUUCCAAAUCUUGAAUCGAUCAGGGGAACCAGUUCCAUACUUCAAAAACCCCCGACUGCUUUUUCAGUCCCAUGAUCUCAAAAACACCUUCGGUCGUGAAACUCUCCAAGAAACGCUGAGCCUUUUCCAAGAGACUGUACUUCAAGCUUUAGACCCUGUGCAUCUGGACAUCCGCUCGUGCUGGUUGGAUAUUGGUUUCAGGGACCAUGCCGCCUGUCCUGGUCCUCAAGCUUCCUCGGGAUCAGAGCCCUUCACUCUCCUGUGGAAGAGCCGAUGCCACCACCACCUUCACGAGAAGCUUUCUCAAGUCAAUCAUAGCACUUUGUUUGAGGCUGACUACUUUCAAGGGUUUCUUCUUCGAGAUAUUGCUGACUAUCAGUCCAAGGCGACGUCUAGUGGAGCCUCAAACCCGGGUCGGCGUGAGCAAGGAGACCCCGGCAUCAUCCGCUUUAAGGCAUACAACUGCAUCAAAGAGCAAGUGUCCGUCAUGUUCAACAGCUACAACAUCUUUGGAUCGGGAUUUCUUCCACUCCUCGCUCUCAACGAAGACAUGAUGAAGAGUCUUUCGUCCACGAGCGAAGGCGGUCAGGGUGCCCCUGUAACCCAGACGAGUCGCAGCUCCUUGCUGAAAGCCUGGAGAGCCAAUAAGCGUCACGUUAGAGCCAUAUCGGAUACGAAAAGUCGAGCAAGUUAUGGUAUCAGAAAAGAGAUGACUUUUCGUCUCGACACAAUUCUUACCAUGUGGGAUCGUGGCUAUUUUGAUCCAGGCCUAAAUCCUCACGUCGGUCGACUUUCGUGGAACGUGUCACUUACGUCCAGUACCACUGAGCAUUACCUAUUCUGGAUAGUCACAACCAGGGAUAUCAACUGCCUUGUAUUCGCUCAGGCGGCACGGUACAUUGUGCCCCUUGAUCAUUUAUUCCUGCAAGCUUCGCGAAGGCCCGUUCAGUCCUCACCUCAAUUCAUUCUUGCUUUAUACACCGCCCAGCUCUUUUGUCGACUUCUAAUGCAUUGUCUUAAUGCUGAACGACGUUUCCUAUACGACAACUGGAUUUGGCAGUCGCGAUGGACGGUAAAAAAUGGGCAAAAAAGGAGGUCACUACUAGAGCGACGCGGACUUGGACUCGACGAUUCAGUGACUGCUUCGGGGAUGCCGUGGAUUCCCCAACACUGUAUGGACUGGAGUGGUGGACACAUCGCCCUAGAGACCCUUGUUCAGAUUUACCUACCCCGGAAUCCUGUUCAUGCCUGUUUCAUCCACCAGCCAAAUGUCCAGCUCUUUACCGCAAACGAGGUCUCUGUUGAGCACUGUCUGCAGCAGUGGGUUCAAGAGGCUCGACUCAAAUUCGACCGCGGGCACAGGCAAACGGCCGAAGAACUAGUCGACAGUAUCACGCAUCUAGCUGUCGAAGAAGUCGCUCGAGCGUAUCAUCUACAUAUGCUCUCCAAGAUGCAACAGUACUGGAGUCGGGUUUUACCCCAGAAAAACCUCGAUGCACUCCCUCACGUUCGUCGUUUGCGGCAGAGCCAAGAGCAGUCAGUCGCCCAAGUUGGCCGUAUCGUGACUGCUCAGACUAUAUGGGAAAUCAACGACGAAGCCUGGGGUAUUUAUAACGGUGUUCACCUAGGUUCAGCAUCCGAACAGACGCCGGAAGAAAUACCUUGUUGGAAGGCAGCACGUAAGCUUCUGCCGCCCGAGGACGGUUGGUCCGAGUUCGUAUUUCGGCGCCUUUUUAGCCGCCCAGAUCGACCAACUUGGAAUGGCCUCGCCUUUCUAAAGCUAUAUCGAAGAUUCAUGGAGAUUUGGGAAGUGAUUCAGGAGUAUGCGGGACCUUUCGAUGCCCGAUUCCGUCGCCUGAUUGGGCACUUCAUUCUGGUUACCUUCAACAGUGAUCGAACUAAGGAGAUCGGCACCAAUUGCAGUUCAGGAACCUGGUACGAGGAUCAGCCAUCAUUCUUCCGGAUACAGUUCUGGGCUCCGUACUUCUCGCCACCAAAGAGUAAUAUGGGAUGUUCCUGGGCCUCGAUAGAUGACUAUCAAUGCCGCAAUCCUCUCGUAUCGCCAGGUACCCUCUCCUUGACCUUGAACGAUGAGGAGUUUCAGUGCCGAGCCGAUCAUCUUCGGCAGUUAUGGUCACAAUUCGUCCUUCAAAAAGACUCUCUACAGCAGAUGAAACCCAUGACAAGAAGCCGCAGAUGCGGAGACGCGUUGCAAUGCCUUAUGGACCUCACAGGCCCCCGGUGGCCCCAAAGUGGCGAUGAUAUGGCGUAUGCCUUACCCUGGAAAUUCUAUCCUUCGAAAACGGGACUUGAGUUCGAAGACCCAUUUCGCGUCCCUAUCUCAUCAACUUCUGUCCGUUUUGCGUCUAGACCGUGCAGACCUAUGAUCGUACUGCCAUCCCGCCAAAACGUCAUUGUGCUCACGGACGCGAUCCAAUCUCUUCUGCAACUGAGCCGGAGAACGAUCCAGCGAAUUCAGCGCGUUCAAGCGCUUCUGGUCACUAGCAUUGAGCAAUAUGAUAUCCGAAGUCAUUUAGAAGCCAAAAGAAGAGCGAUCGAGGCGGUCACAAGGCUCAACCCAUUGCUGAAACAGUUUCUCACACAGACCGAGCCUCCUCAAAGGGAAAUUAGAAACUAG